GGUUCCCUGUUAUGCUCCCAUUUUUAGUCAACAUUCUUUCCAAAUCUAUACAAUUAUUUCUCUCUCUAGGUACAUCUCUUCCCUGAAUGAAGAAUAAGUUGAGUGGCGUUUUGAGGAAGGCGAAGCCAUAUUUAGCUGCCAUCGUUUUAAGAUUUCUGGCUGCAGCUUUGAUUGUUAUAUCAAAAAUUGCAAUGAACCAUGGAAUGAGCCCCUUCGUGUAUUCCCUCUAUCGUUUUUUUGUUGCCGCCAUUGUUGUAGCUCCAUUUGCCUUACUCUUUCACAGAAAAAGAAGACCACAGAUGACUUGGCCCAUCUUUGCCAAGAUUCUAUUGCUCGGCUCCAUGGAGAUGGAGAAGGUUGAUAUCAGGAGAUUUUCAUCCCAGGUAAAGAUAUUGGGAACUGUAGUGGCAGUGGGAGGGGCAAUGAUAAUGACCUUUUUUAGAGGCCCAAACUUGAGAUUUCCAUGGACAAAAUUACAAGACUUACACAAUAAUCAUCACUCUAAUAAUUCAACUUCUCCUUCAAACACCCAUCAAGAUUCUUUCAAGGGUGUCAUUUUGGUCACAAUUUCUUGUCUCUGCUCUUCUCUUUCAUGCAUUCUCCAGGCAGUUGAAUUGAAAUCAUAUCCAAUGGGAUUGAGUGUGACAGUUUUGGUGAGUUUAGUGGGAGUUGUGGAAGGAGCUGUGGUGGCUUCAGCAAUGGAAUGGAGAAACUCUUGUGCCUGGUCACUUCAUUUUGAUUUUCACCUUCUAUGCAUAUCUUCUUCAUUGUUUCUUUUCUCUUGGUUUUUAUUUUAGUUUUCAAAAAUUAAGUUUUUUUUACCAAAUACAAGUUACUAAAAGGUUCCAUUACAAAUUUGAUAUUUAUGGUUGGGGCUUAAGUCUUUUAACAUGGUCUUUUUAAUUUAGUUUUUAUAUUGUUCUAAAAGUUUUAACUUUAGUUUCUAUCAAGUUCGAACACACGAACCUCCAACUCUGAUACCAACUUAAAGAUGAAUAACCUACCGUACGAGUUUGGUAAAUUUAAUUCAUUUAUGGAUAUCUAAUAGUUUCCUAUAUAUGUUUGGUGAACUCUUUCUAAAAUCCUAAUGCAAGUAUAGCUCGCCAACAUGGUCGAUUAAUUAUAUUAUUGGAGUUUUAAUAGAUCAUAGAUAUCAAAUUGAAAUUUAUUUUUAGGUCCCGGCCAUUGGAUAACUAUUUUGUUUUGAGUAACUAUUUUGUUUUGAGUUGUUUGUUUUUUAAAAUUGCGCUUCUAAUUAAACACUACUAUUUUUAGGACCUGUGUUUUUAAAAGCAUUUUUCCCUCUAAGCAGUGUCAUUGUAGCAAUCAUAAGCUCAUUUGCAGUCUCUGAGAUUUUGUCUUUGGGAAAGUAAGCUGUUGCUCCCUCAUUCUUAAGCACUGCUAAAUUUAACCUUAAUAAACAAAGAAAAAAAAUAGUCUUUGUGAGGGCAAAAAUGUCUUCAUCAUUUACUUUAUUUCGCUUUGUGUUUUUUAUUUUAAAAAUUAACCUUAAAAAUAUUAUUUAUAUUACCAACCUGAACUUAGUUCAAUAGUAGUUGACACCAUUAGGUCACGAGUUCGAAUCUUUCAUUUCCAUUUGUUGUACUAAAAAAUUUGAGUUAUUUUUGCGAGAUUUUUCGAGGAGUGUUAUAAUAAUAUGUCUUUAUUUGGUUAUGUGGGGGCAAAACCAAAUAUCCCACCAUUGAUAAGAAAGCUAAUAAUUCUUCACAAAGCUUCAAGGCUUUGGACCAUCAAGAUCAACAACUCAAAGCAGAUGAGGAGAUUGCUAUGCCAACAUAAGGGAUCGUUUUGUUUGAAUAACGAUCCUGCUUUGUUCGAUAACGAACAUUGUGUUCUUAUAGAUUUUUACAUUUAAAAAAAAAUAAACUUGUUUAUUAACGAUCUCUUAGUUAAAAUAUAGGUAAUAUUGUGGUGUGUG